GAAACUGUACACUUUGGGAGUGUCCAGAUCAGACGGCUGUGAAACUAUGGCAAAGUGCUGGAGUGCCACCUCUGUCGUGGCAUUAGCUUUGCUGGGCUGUUUAGUUGUGACAGAGGUAGAGGCUCAGGACACAGGGCUGUGGAAAAAGCCUGCACCACCACCUCUUCCUCCGUGGCAAAUCCCCCAAAACCCUCAACCUCCACCAUACCCACCUGGUCCACAGCCAAAGCCCCAGGAUCCUCAACUACCACCGUACCCACCUCCUAAGCCACCAAGACCCCAGGACCCUCAAUUUCCACCAUACCCACCUCCUAAGCCAAGACCCCAGGAUCCUCAAUUUCCACCAUACCCACCUCCUAAGCCAAGACCCCAGGACCCUCAAUUUCCACCAUACCCACCUCCUAAGCCACCAAGACCCCAGGACCCUCAAUUUCCACCAUACCCACCUCCUAAGCCAAGGCCCCAGGACCCCCAACUUCCACCAUACCAACCUCCUCCUCAGCCAACGCCCCAGGACCCUCAACUUCCACCGUACCCACCUCCUAAGCCGCCAAGGCCCCAGGACCCCCAAUUCCCUCCUUACCCGCCUCCUCACCCGCCAAGGCCCCAGGACCCCCAACUUCCGCCAUACCAACCUCCUCCUAAGCCAAGGCCCCAGGACCCCCAACAUCCGCCAUACCAACCUCCUCCUAAGCCAAGGCCCCAGGACCCUCAACUUCCACCGUACCCACCUCCUAAGCCACCAAGGCCCCAGGACCCCCAAUUCCCUCCUUACCCGCCAAGGCCCCAGGACCCCCAAUUUCCACCGGUCCCACGUCCUCAGCUGCCAAAACCCCAGGAUCCCCAACUUCCACCAUAUCGACCUCCUCAGUUGCCAAGGCCACAGGACCCUCAACCUCCUCCCCGGCCAUUACCUCCUUUGCCACAAACAGCCAAUGAUCCGAAACUCCCUAAGUUUCCCCAGAAUCCAAAAGUCCCUCCAGUGGGCCCUGGUGUUAAUACCUGUGAAGUGGAAAGAAGUCUGAGAGUCCCAUGUGGAGGUUCUCAGGUUGGAAGUUCUGCUGCUGCAUGUGAAGCCAUAAACUGCUGCUUCGAUGGCCAACAAUGCUACUUUGGAAAGACAGUGACAGUCCAGUGCACCCGGGAUGCCCAGUUUAUUGUUGUUGUUGCCAGAGAUGUCACUCUACCCAACCUUGACCUCCAGACAAUCUCACUGUUAGGAGGAGGUCAGGGCUGUACAAAUGUUGACUCUAAUUCAGCCUUUGCCAUAUAUCAGUUUCCUGUUACUGCAUGUGGCACCAUCUUUAUGGAGGAACCCGGUGUAAUAGUCUAUGAGAAUCGAAUGACUUCCUCAUAUGAGGUGGCUGUCGGGCCCUCUGGAUCUAUUACCCGAGACAGCCACUAUGACUUGGUCUUCCAGUGCAGGUACAUCGGCACCUCCACUGAAACUCUGAUUGUAGAAAUCUUUCCAUUGGGAAAUCCUCCCCUUCCAGUUUCUGCUGUGGGACCCAUCAAAGUAAUUAUGAGGUUGGCCAAUGGACAAUGUUUUACAAAGGGUUGCCAUGAAUCGGAUGUGGUCUAUAAUUCAUUCUACACGGAUGCAGACUACCCUGUGACCAAAGUACUGAGGGACCCCGUCUAUGUGGAGGUUCAGCUUCUUGAAAAGACAGAUCCAAUGCUUGUCCUGACUCUUGGUCGCUGUUGGGUAACAACAAGCCCCUACCCUCACACCUUUCCCCAGUGGGACAUUCUGGUAGAUGGAUGUCCAUACCGGGAUGAUAAUUAUUUGUCAUCCCUGGUUCCAGUGGGUCCCAAUUCUGGCCUGCAAUUCCCAAGUCAUUACAGGCGUUUCUUUUUCAAAAUGUUUACCUUUGUGGGUUCCCCAGUAAAGACCCCCACAGUAAAGGAAUCCAUGAAUGAAAAGCUGUACCUUCACUGUAGCACAGCUGUGUGUGUUAAUGGACAGUUUGUCAGCUGUGAGCCAGUAUGCACCAGGAGAAAGAGAGCUGUCGAGGCUGCAGACCAGGAGCGGAUUGAACCGAAGACUGUGGUUUCCUCCGGACCGCUGAUCAUGACUGCUCCUGAGUAGUAAAGAGUUGAGCUCAAGGACUUGGCUAAGAACAUCUAGUAAAACAUCUGCAACAGGAAAAUGGUUAUUAGUGAUAUGAAAUGUGACAAAAGAGCUUUAAAUGUGCUGUAGAAUCAAAUGCAUCUGAUCAGGUAACUCAGAUUUAUAUUGGAAAAAAAAAAAGUAUUGGCUCUGACGUGACGUAAAUAAUUUUUCAUGCAUACUAUACCUUUAAUUAAUUACUGGUGACAUUCCUAAAGAGAACCAUGUCCUAUAAGUAUAUAAGUUGUUGAUUUAUGACUGUCUUACAUAAAAUACAAUAAAACUUCUUUUCCCCUGCA